AAACGAAAGGAGCUUAAAAAAAAGUUGCCUGUUGACUGACUGAAAGAAGGAAACAAUUUACAGUAUGUCAAAGUGUGAAGUACAGUUAAUUGAUUCAAUUCUUGGUAAAGUUUAAUUAAUUGAAGAAAUCAUCGGAAUCUCAAAUGAUUAAUAUUUUUUUACCUGGUUCUGCCACUUGUUGCCUGCUACUUGCUACUAAUAAAUUAGUUACUUCCUGUGUAGAAUAGACUAGUUACUUUAAGAUGAAUAAGAGUUUUGUCUAAAAUAAUGUAUAGACCCCCACAAAACAGUAACAGAGUCAAAUUAAUAAGAAAAAAAUUUGAAAAUGUUGAGAAUAACAAAUCCCCUGAGAGGAAGAAUGUUAACUCUAGAGAUAGGGGUUACUUGACGAGCGCGGAUCUUAUUAAAAAAAGCAGUGCUGGCGAGGAAAUUAAUCAAAACGGAAAACACGGCCUGCACAGACAAACAAGUGACCCAAGUAGAAGGAAUAUAAAACGAACUCCCGCUUUUAGAGUAGACAGAAGUGUUGAUCGUACCAAUGUCUCCCAAAGAAAUGGCUUUAAUUCUGAUCCAAGUACCUUAUAUGAGACUAAAAUUAAACAGUUUAGUGCCGUUAAAAAUAACUGUGAUAAUAACAGCAAUUUUUUAAGUAAAAAGAGUGAGAAUGAACCCUUAUUAAGUCAUAGAAAAAAUGUGCCUUUAUUAAGUAAAUCAAACACUUCUCUUGAUUUUAAUUACAUUAAAAGUAAGUUUGACAAUAAUUUGGCAAAUACAAAUGGUGUUUGCAAUGAUUGCCAUGACAGUACAAAUAGUUCUAAAUUGGAUAAACCCUUUGAUUUAUCUCUGCUUUAUACAGAACCUAUUCCUAAAGCUUUACGUAGAAAUAACUCUACCUGUACUGAUUCAUCAUUUUCACCAUCUCCAGUUUCAAGUGAAAAAGUCGAAUCAAGUUUUCCAAAUUCUCCAGUCUCCAUCAAUAAGUUUGACUCAAUUUAUAAUUCCAGUACUUUAAAAAUUUCUGACAAAGUAAACAAUAAGAUAGAAAAAGUUGGACUAACUGACACUUUGAAAUUGGCAUUGAGUAAACCUUUACCCAAGGGACCUGCACCUAAAAAACCUCCAAGGGCUUUUCAAAUAGAAAAAGAUGAUAUUUUUUUACCUGACAAAGUGUUAGAAAAGAAACCUUUAAUUCAUCCAAAAUCAAAAUCUCCUUUGUCAAGAUCAGAUCCAAAAUAUAUGCUCACCAAAUUAGAAGAUGCCUUAAGGAAUAACAAGUUGAGAGCAAGAAAACCUGCAAAAACAGAUCUUUUAAUAAACUCUGGCGAAGACAGUGAUGACAGUGUUCUAACCAGGACAAAAUCUAAUAGAACUCUGCCCAGGCUACCCAGUCAAGAAAGUGAUAGUGAUUAUAAUACUUCUGCUUUCAAUUUUAAUUGUUUGAAUGGCUUUAAAUUUGCUUUAACGAAUUACGAAAAAAUCAAGGAACCAAAUUCUUGUUUUUUUGUUGGCAGUCCUAAAGAAGAGCCUGUCUAUGCGGAACCUUUCCAUUACCGCAAAGACUCAUUAGAUUCGGCCGCAAUUAGAAGGGAAGGCUCUUCUAGGAGCAAACAGAGUGCCAGAAAUAGUUUAUAUUAUAUGAGUACUCCUGUACUAACGGCUGGUGGAAAAUUUAUCCACAAUAUGACUGAAUCUCCUGAUAAACAGAUGUCUGCCGAAAACUCCUCCCUUUCCUCAUUCACCUCCGACGCAGACACUGCUUCUCCCACAGAGGAAACCCCAAAAAUCCGGACCAUCAUAGAAUGCUACGAGUCCAGAAACUCGCCUUCUCGCAAAACCAGCGAUACCAACGUGAACAGGGUGGAGGACUUGAAAAACUCGUUGCAGCAAACGCUCGAUACAAGUUUCAGCAACAUCGGUGCCAUCAAAGAUACCGAUUCGGAAAAUGAGAGCAAAGUAACGGAUAUUAUCAAAAAAUUCGAGACCUACAGGUUGACGAUGCCCAAAUAUUGUUCGGUGAAGCUUUCCAAGGAAAAAUUGUUUUAUUGUUGUAUGAUUAUCGAGAAGGUCAAAGAUAUGGCUAGGAUAAAAUUUAAGUAUCCUUCAAAUGCUGUAAUUCCUCAAAGCAUGGAGAACCUGUGCUUCCCCGAAAGUGACAACCAAAAUUUGGAUAUGUCAAACCAGACGCAAAAUUACUCUUUGUUAAUAACAAACGACAAAGGGGAACGUACGUUCGGAUAUUGCAGACGAGUGCUUCCAGAAGGAUCUACGUCUUGUUUGCCAUUGGCUUAUUGUAUUUUGAGUAAAUACAGAGCACCCAGAUUUUAUAAGAAAAUUUUGGUGGAAUUGGAGUCCAGACACGGGAUUCCCAACAAGUAUCGCGACGAACUCAUCAGCCAGUUCUACAAUCAAAAAUUUCCAAAACCCGGUGAUUCGAUAAGGAUCAAUCUGACCAAUAUCGAGCCAAAUAUUUAUAAGACUGAUAAAGAAAAUAGUAUUAAAGAAAACUCGGAAGAAUCCGUCGAAUUGCUCUCUUAUGUGCACGUGAAUAGGACCGGUGAAUUUAUAGGUAGUAAUAAAAAUGAUGCCAACGCAGAGCACAUUUUCGUCAACGAAAAGGACAUCAAGAAAAGUUGUUCCAUCCCCAGUUACAUUGUACAAACUAAAGAGAAAAACGAAUUGGUUCUAACGUUACAUCCUGAUACCAGAUUCGAAGACUCCGAUCUCAAAAAAUUGCAUCAACUACCCCAUGACAUAUUAUUAAAAAUUUUUUCUUCUAUGUUAUUAGAAAGGAAAGUAAUUCUUAUCAGUUCUAUGAUAAGCAAACUUUCAUCCUGUAUUGAUUCUCUUCAAAGUAUACUCUAUCCGUUUACGUGGCACCAUACAUGUAUACCGAUCCUUCCGGAAGCACUCUGGGACAUUGUAGAGAGUCCUACGCCUGUAAUUUGCGGAGUAAUGUCUAACGAUGUUUUGGAAGGAUAUCAAAUUGAAAAUGGAAUAGUGGUGGACUUGGACAGCGGGACUGUCAAAAAGGAAGAAGGCGAUGAAAAUAAAAUUUUGGCAGGCAGCAUGCAAAAAGUUUGGAGACGAAGUCUGGCGCUAGCGAAUAGAGCUGCAACUUCAAUGGAAUAUGUCCAUUCUGUAUAUCUGAGUGAUGCUUAUCUUCAGGUUUUCGUUAUUUGUUUUAAGGACUACAAGAACUAUUUUAAGGAUGGUGUAUUUCAGAAAGAAGAAUUCUUAAAAAGUGGAAAAACGAAAGGCAUCAAGCGAUUUUUGAAAAUGUUCACAGAAACUUACAUGUUCCUAGCUUUUGUAGAUACUGUUUUGAAUACUCCAGAAAAUCUUGUAGAAUUUGAUAAGAAGAUUGAAAUGUACGGAUCUGACGAUUCUCAUGUCAUUUUAGACAAACUCCUCGAGUGGAAUAGAUAAUAGAUGUUAUCGUGUCAUUGUAUGUAUUAUUUUUGUAUGUUAGUAUUAACUGUACAUUGUUAUGGGUCUCAUAUUUUGAUACUCGUAUUUUAAUAUAAAUUAUUUUUUUU